AUGGGGAAAAAGAACGGAUCCUCUUGGCUUACCGCCGUGAAGCGAGCUUUCCGAUCCCCCUCCAAGAAGGAACAAAGUAGUCCCCACGGUAAUGAAAUCGAAGAAGAUGAAGAAAAGAAGAGAGAAAAGAGACGGUGGUUAUUCAGAAAACCGGCGACUCAAGAAUCUCCCGUGAAGUCUUCCGGUGUAUUUCCGCCACCACUGCCGCCAGAAUCGGAUAAAGCAAAAUCCCAAACCUUCUCGGAGACAGCAGCAUCGAACGCCGAAAAAUACCCUUCAGCCGUCGUCUCCGUCGCCACUCCAGCAUCACCGGCGGCCGUACCGAAACUCACGAGGCGGACAUAUUACGCAAGAGAGAAUUACGCUGCUGUUGUCAUUCAAACUUCUUUCAGAGGGUAUCUGGCCAGAAGAGCAUUAAGAGCGUUAAAAGGAUUAGUGAAGCUACAAGCAUUAGUGAGGGGUCACAAUGUGAGAAAGCAAGCCAAAACGACUUUAAGGUGUAUGCAAGCUUUGGUUCGAGUCCAGUCUCGUGUGCUUGACCAACGCAAACGCUUGUCUCACGACGGUAGCCGCAAAUCCGCAUUCAGCGACUCUCACAGUGGUUUUGAAACUCGCUAUCUUCAAGACAUUUCAGAUCGACAAUCUAUGUCAAGAGAAGGAAGUAGCGUCGCUGGAGAUUGGGAUGACCGACCACACACGAUUGACGAAGUGAAAGCGAUGCUACAACGGAGAAGGGACACAGCAUUGAGACAUGAGAGGACUAAUUUGUCUCAAGCCUUCUCUCAACAAAUGUGGAGAACGGUUGGUAACCAAUCCGGGGGAGGAGACUACGAGGCAGAACCAGAGGAGGAACGACCGAAAUGGCUUGACCGAUGGAUGGCUACUAGACCGUGGGAUAAACGAGCUUCGGUUGACCAAAGGGUUCCGGUUAAAACCGUGGAGAUGGACUCUUCUCAACCUUACUUAAGAGCAAGUAUCGGAAGCCCAAGCCGUAGCCAGAGACCUAGUUCCCCAUCAAGAACCAGCCAUCAUUACUACCAAUCUCGCAAUAACUUCUCAGCCACUCCAUCUCCGGCCAAGUCUAGACCGAUCCAAAUCCGGUCAGCUAGUCCACGUUGCCAGAGAGACCCGAGGGACGAACGUGACCGAGCAUCUUAUAGUUAUACGUCAAACACACCUAGCUUGAGAUCUAACUAUAGUUUCACAGCUAGGAGUGGGUGUAGCAUUAGCACCACAAUGGUCAACAAUGCAACAUUGCUGCCUAACUAUAUGGCCAAUACAGAGUCGGCUAAAGCUAGGAUUCGGUCUCAUAGCGCACCGAGGCAACGACCUUCGACUCCCGAGAGGGACCGUGUGGGUUCUGUUAAGAAACGGCUCUCUUUUCCGGUGCCACCUCCACCGGAGUACGAGGACGGUAAUAGUUUGAGGAGUCCAAGUUUUAAGAGUGUGGGUGCUUCACAUUUUGGUGGAUUGUUGGAUCAGCAAUCGAACUACUCGUCGUGUUGCACUGAGUCUAUUGAUGUUGAGAUCUCUCCAGCUUCUACUAGUGACUUUAGGAAUUGGCUUAGAUGA